AUGUGGAGAGAGAGACAAACGGUGAUGGUGUUUAAGAGUAUGAUUCUUUUAGUGUCAUUUCAACUACUGCUUGUGGUGAGAGGUUCUAUGGUAUGGCUGAAAAACGGUGGCUAUGAGGACAUUGUUAUUGCAAUUAACCCCCAUUUACCAGAAGAUGACAAGAUAAUUGGAAAUAUACAGGCCAUGGUUAAAGAUGCGUCUACUUACUUAUUUCAAGCCACAGAACAAAGAUUGUUUUUCAAAGUUCUAAAAAUUAUAAUUCCUCAAACAUGGCAGCAAAAACCUGACUAUUCAAGACUGAAAACAGAGUCAUAUGAUAAGGCAGAUGUCAUAGUGGCUGAUCCCUUCUUGAAGUAUGGAGAUGAUCCGUACACUCUGCAAUAUGGAGGAUGUGGAGAAAUGGGACGAUACAUUCAUUUCACACCUAACUUUCUGUCAAAUGAUAGUUUGCUGGAUAUCUAUGGAUCACGCGGCAGAGUUUUUGUCCAUGAAUGGGCCCAUCUUCGGUGGGGGGUAUUUGAUGAAUAUAAUAAUGAUACACCGUUCUAUGUAUCUAAAGACUCUGGAGAAGCAAGGGUUGAAGCAACAAGGUGUUCAGCUGGUGUUACUGGUCAAUAUAUAUACCAAAGUUGCCAUGGAAACAGAUGCACAAUUAGGCAAUGCAAAUAUGAUAAUGUGACCAAGCUGUUUGAAGGUGGAUGUAAAUUUGUGCCAGAAAACAAACAAGCUGCCUCAGCAUCUAUAAUGUACAUGCAAAGCUUACCUUCUGUGGUUAAAUUCUGUGAUAAACACAGUCAUAAUGAAAAAGCUAUGAAUAUGCAGAACAAACUGUGUAACUACAAAAGCACAUGGGAAGUAAUUAUGAACUCUACUGACUUCAGCAAUGUCUCACCAAUAAACAGCUCUCAUCCCCCAUCUGAGCCCUCUUUUGUACUGUUACAGACCAGGGACAGAGUUGUCUGUCUAGUGCUGGAUGUUUCUGGGAGUAUGGGUGCUCAUAAUCGGAUUACACGACUCCAUCAGGCUGCAGAGACUAUUAUUGAAAUCGGUUCCUGGGCUGGAAUUGUCACUUUCUCAUCUUCAGCAACAAUUCAAACUUACCUACAACAAAUAGUCAGUGAGAAUGUGCGCCAGGACCUUAUCAAAUACCUGCCUACAAGAGCUGAUGGAGGAACUAACAUCUGUGCAGGCGUACAACAAGGAUUUCAGGUGAUUAAGGCAAAGUUCUCAAACACAGAUGGGUCUGAAAUUGUGCUGCUGACAGAUGGAGAAGACAACACUAUGAGAAACUGCCUCGAGGAAGUGAGGAGGAGUGGAUCAAUCAUUCACACCAUUGCUUUAGGGCCACAGGCAGCCCCGGAACUAGAAGAAUUUUCGAAAAUGACAGGAGGUUUGCAAUUUUAUGCCUCAGAUACACUGGAAUCCAGUAGUCUAAUUGAUGCAUUCAGCGGAAUUUCAUCAGGAAGUGGAAAUAUUUCUCAACUUUCUAUCCAGCUUGAAAGCAAAGCUCUACAAGUUGCAGUUAGUCAGUGGAUGAAUGGGUCAGUGACAGUUGACAGCACUGUAGGAAAUGACACCUUCUUCAUAGUUACAUGGAGUGGCUCUUUACCACACAUUUUCCUCAGGGACCCUAAUGGAAAAGAGUAUGGAAAUUCUGACUUUACCAUUAGUGAUGCAAACCUCCAAACAGCUCGACUCACUGUAACAGGCACCGCAGAGUGGGGAGAUUGGCAUUAUCAGAUUCAAAAUACGUAUACAGCCUCUCAAGUCAUAUCAAUGACAGUAACCUCUCGAGCAGCAUCUUUGGAUGUGCCUCCAGUGACUGUGAGAGCUCACAUGAAUAAUGAUACAAACAGUUUCCCUAGUCCUAUGGUUAUUUAUGCAGAAGUUAGCCAAGGGUUUUUGCCUGUUCUUGGUGCAAUGGUGAAGGCUACUGUUGAACCGCAGACUGGAACUGCAGUAGAUCUGGAACUUUUUGACAAUGGCUCAGGUGCUGAUGUUUCCAAGAAUGAUGGAAUCUAUUCAAGGUUCUUCACAUGUUUCCAUGAAAACGGUAGAUACAACUUGAAAGUGCAGGUCCUGGGAAAAGAUAAGAGUACCCGACUUGGCAAGAGACAAAGUCAAGCCUUGUAUGUACCAGGCUACAUAAAGAAUGGUGAAAUCAAAAUGAAUGUACCAAGACCUGAAGUCAGUAACAAGGAAAUUCAAGCAAAGCUAGGAAGCUUCAGAAGAACUACACCUGGAGGUUCUUUUGUUGUGGAAAAUGUUCCUUCUCAGUAUGUUGAUGUGUUCCCACCUUCUAAAAUAAUUGACUUGGAUGCUCAUAUAGAAGAAGGCAGCAUUCACUUAUCAUGGACAGCUCCAGGGGGAGACCUGGAUAUGGGACAAGCUAAACAAUACUUCAUAAAAAUGAGUGAAAUUUCUCUGGACUUACGGAACGCUUUUGACCAGGCUACAUCUGUGAAUACAUCUAGUUUGAUACCUCAGCCUGCUUGCACCAAAGAAUCAUUUCAAUUUAAACCAGAAAAUUUCACAAUAGAAAAUGGUACCAUAAUCUAUAUUGCAGUACGUGCCAUGGAUAAUGCCUUCCUGAUUUCAGAAGUGUCUAAUGUGGCUCAAGCUGCCUUUUUUUCCCCUCCAAAGGAAUCUUUACUUGAUACUUCUAAUAGUGAUAACAAUAAUAGUGGUAAUGUUCUAAUGGUGGUGCUAAUAAUGACUGGAUCUAUAUUAUUUUCUGCAUUACUGUAA